AUGAGUGCGUAUGCAGAAUGGAAUCAACGUCAAGAUCGAAUAGUGAUCCCGUUCAACACACGAGUGAAUCUCGACGAAUUAUUCGGAAACGUCCAUAGUAACGUUAUUUGUGAGCGGAUCACUCCAUGUAAGCUAGCUAUCUACGUUUUGAUCCAAUCACUCGACGAAUUGCACCAAGAUGUUCAACCGUUUACUCCAAGUGAACACUGCGCGCUUUUGUCGGCUAUUUAUGGUAUGAUCGAGCAUGGAGAUAUGUCUUACCUUGAAGUUAGAAGAGUGGUGCGAUGGAUGGAUAGGACAGUGCGCGCGGGCAUCUACAAGGAUUUCGUGGAAUUCAUGAAGUCUUACGUUAAUGGUGAUGAUAUAAUGGUUCAAAUUGAUGUCAUAUUGCAAACUCGCCCAGGUGUAGUUAACUUCGUUUGUGGCAAGUCAUACCUUGGAAUAUGGUUGAAGAAGUUAUUCUCCGAGUGGAGCCAAAUGUCAACUCAGCAUAUCUUUGACUUUAACAGCAAGUUUGUUGAGUGGAUCCAAGCUGCGGACUCACACAUGGAUGACUCUCAGAGAAUGGACGAGACAAACCCCGCCGACAGCGGCAUCCCGAUUACUCAACCUGCUGUAGUCCCUUUUGAGGUUGAAUCUUCGGGUCGUGCUCGAAAAUGGAUAUCCAAUCAAAUGCAUUUGCUACAGGUAUGCCCAUCUGCUGCUCUUCCUGACAAUGAAAUUGUGGACUGGUGUCAACUUAUCCGCAAAAAUCAUGUAGACAUCGUUGAAGUGCACCUUCUAGAAAUGCUUUGUCAUAUUCGCACAAUGAAUCUUGGCGGUGCAGCAGAAUCAUUACGGCUCUACUUUGAUUACUCCAUGUUUCGACUAAGUGAUGCGAUUAUUCCUGCUAGCAUACGCGGAUGUAGGCUAGGGGCUCUGGAUCAGCGAUCUCUUCGUUUCUCUUGUCUUUUGCAAGCAAGACUUUGCAGGAUCUUCGGAGAUAAGCAAGCCACUCGACUUUUGCUCAGCGAGUGUGUGCAACAAGCUCAGAAUCAUGAUGUUGCUUGCUUGCGUAUGGCGAUGGUGGAAUUGGCAGCACUGGAAGCAAUGCCUCCUAACGAGGCAGACCUCAAAGCACUUUCAGAAGGGAAGCCUGCGGAAAGCCUUCUUACCACCGAUGGAUUAUUGCGAAUGAUAAAUCGAGCUGCAGACUCGGAAUCAAGAAUCGAUGGUGAAGAUCAUCGUGAUCCGGCUAUAAACUCAGUGGAAUCAGAACAAUUGUUCGAUCAAAUGAAUGCACUAGUCCACUUAAUGGCAGCCAUAACAGCAGCUCGUCGAUGCAAACCACCGACAAUAGUAGAAGAUGGACUGGAGCGAGCGAUGAGGUGUUCAUCUGGCUCCGAUGAUGGUGGGCGUGCUCGCCUGAUAAAAGACGCAGCGAUAGCGACGACAAGCAGUGUGCGCCUGAGGCAUGGAUUAGCGAAGACUGCACAGUCUCUGGCCACUUCUUUGGUUGAAACCAACUAUGCUGACGGAUCAGCACCGAAACACGAGACAGAAGCACACGUAAUAGCUGGCGUUAAUAUGGUGUACGCUUGUGCGAUGAACGGCGAAUGGGAUAGAUCGUCUCACAUCCUACAACGAUUGAAAACGGUCUUCACUCCAGAACUUAACUGGCAGACAGCACAAUAUGUGCAUCUAUGUGACAGUAUUAUCACAUUUGACAUAGCCAUUUUACGAGGUGAGUGGGAAAAAUGCACUCCUCUGCUUGAAGACAUCGAAGUACUUGACGAAGCUGAAGCAGCAUUGAGGAGAUGUUUUUUGAUGGCUGUUCGCGGGGAAAUAAGUUCCGGACGAAAUCUUCUGGAAACACUCUAUGCAAAAUAUGAGACGCCUGCCACGAUUUUCACUCACCUAAGAUUACGGCUACAGCUAGCAAUGAUGCUGAGCGCUGAGUGUCGAUGGAGCGCCGCAACUGAAAUGCUUCAGGGCGUACGUGAAGAAGCGAUUAGUAUUGAACAACGCAACAUAGCCGCAAUGGCGUUACGAAGAAUUGGGGUUGUUCAGUUGAUGAGCGGUGACCAAAUAUCAGCACUGAAGAGUUUCACGGAAUGUCAUGAACCGAUCAGUCGAUGUUGCUCAAUUCUGGAGAAGACUCUGUUAUCAAUUGGUUUUGCACAGGCGCACAUGAUUGAGGACAACAAAAAAGAAUCCUCAAAAAUGCUAAAUAAGGCUCGGGUGCAGUGCCGACAAGCCGGAGCAGUCCUGGUCGAGAAAUAUGUGUUACAAGAAUUGGCCGUGUGCUACAAUGAGGAAGGUAAAAUCGACGAACGUGAUGACUGUGCAGCUGAAUUCGCAGCUAUAGAUGAGCGCUACUCUGGUUACUUCGACUGGAAGCUCAUUUGA